GAAACUCGUGCGCUCGAGAAACCUGACCAAAAUUCGGCUGCACCAGCUAGUCAUCUUCCGUUCGCUCGACCGUAAAUAAGCCAAUCGCAGAUCCCAGCUAGCAAUCUUUCGAACGUCGGUCUUUUCAUUUUAGUUGGAAGCAUUUCGGUGGAAAAUUUUCGAAGUGCAGUGCCGAGCAAAGCCGUGAGAAGAAGCGUAAACUCAACCGAGCUGUGAUUUUUUUUUCGUUUUUUAGUCAAGAGAUACGAGUACUUCUAGAAAUUGGGGCUGUGCAGUGCAGCUUCAAAGGGAAAGCUGAAUAGCAUAAGUGCAUAUUGCAGGGGUUUCUCGCUUCAAGCAGUGAAUAAACUGCACAAUUAAAAGGUCGGAAAAGCCGAGUUCCAGUCAUAGAAGGAAAAAACAAGUGAAGUAACUGGAAGAGCCCUUAUAGCUGACCCAUUUCUUUCCGUAUAUGCUUUAUCAUUUAAACUCAUAGUGCAAAGGUAGAAUUUAAGCUGCUGGGUACGCUCCGUGAGCGAAACUAAACUUCAAAAGAAGAAGAAAAGUAUUUUAGUACCAGUCCCCGAACGAAAAAGUCUGUUGAACAAUCCUACACUACAUUAAGUACACACGAGCCAAACUGUGCAAAAGGUUAAGUUACGUACGAAGUUAAUCAGAAUCAAGACAGAGGAGCAGCUGAGUGAUUCAUCGAGUUGGUGCACAACGAAAUACCAGACGAAUUCUGAGUUUCACCCGAAGCAAGAAAUGAAAAAUGGAGCAGUUUGAACAACUUUUAACGUGUUGCGUGUGUCUGGACAGAUACCGCAAUCCGAAACUUUUACCAUGUCAGCACUCGUUCUGCAUGGAGCCGUGCAUGGACGGCCUCAUCGACUACGUGAAACGGCAGGUGAAAUGUCCCGAAUGCCGAGCAGAACACCGCAUCCCCUACCAGGGAGUGCAGGGCUUCCCGACGAACGUCACGCUGCAACGCUUCCUGGAGCUGCACAUCGAGAUCACUGGCGAACUGCCGGAUCCGACGUCUGGCCAAAUCAUGGAACGGUGCAACGUGUGUUCAGAAAAAGCGUACUGUGCGUCGUGCGUUCACUGCGACAAGAAGAUCUGCCCGGACUGUAAGGGAGCCCACAUGGACAUCCUGCGGCGCGAAAUCAACCGCAUCAACAAUCAGAUCCGGCGCGGUUUGCAUCGUCUGAAGGAAGUCCUUGCGGUGGUCGAGAAGAACGCACAGAACCUGCAGAACAACUGCGGAAGCGUGUCGGAGGAAAUCGAUGAGAUCUCCCGCCGGCUGCAGAAGGCACUCAAGGACAGGACAGAUUUUCUGCGUGGCGAAAUGGACAAGUACAUAUCGACGGAGCUGAAGAAUGUAUUGACCAUGAAGGAGAAUCUGGAGCUGGAGAUUGCCAACAUCCAGAGCAAUUCCGAUCUGGCCGAGAAGUUCAUGAACGAAGGAACGGUCGAGUGGGAUGACUGUGAACUAAUGGAUACGAAGGAGAUAUUCUUGCGAACGGUAGAUUUCAUCAGGAAUUUUGACUGCGAAACUAUGGACUACAGCAGAAAGGUGCGAUUCAUUAUGAACAUUGACCCGAACAAGCUGAUCAUGGAGGUUUCAUCGUACGCGGAUCUGAAACUGCCGACGGAUUCAUCUGGAACAAGCCAAAGUCAGAGUAUGCUGCUGCAGCCUCCGUCUGGUCCGGGACUGAUGCGAUCGAAGAGUGAUCAUCGAUUGGCAGCUCAGUUCCGCCAGCAGGAAGCUCAAGGAUGGAAUCCAGAUGAUGAACCUCUGCUUGGUGGACGUAAGUUUGGUGAACGACCAAUCAAACCUGUGCAAGAGAAAGAGAAGUACGGAAAUGAAUCACGGUAUGGUCGUGGAAACGAUUACGACUAUGAUGAUGAGCCGUCCACUAGAUCGAAGGGACGCUUUCGAUCGAGGUUUGCCCGUAGCCAUCAGUUGGACAACGACUCAGACAACGAGUCCAAGCAGGUCCGUUUCAACGAUAAGGAAGACAAUAAGUCGAACAAGGUUACCAGCACUGAAGACGUAGCCAAGGGUCCUCUGAGUGGAAUCUUCCGUCUUAUGGAUUCGCCUCGAGUGAUGAAGCGUUUGCAAGAUUCGGAGAAGGGGAAAACGAAAAAGGCCGCACCCGUACCAACUCCAACGGUUCCAAAACCCGUUACUCCUGUUUCCGUGAAACCAAAAGUAACGACAGCCAGACAACUCUCUGAAGAUGAUGAAAUUGCAAAGAUCAAAAGGCAAAACAAGGGAGCAUCGACGAGUUCAACAACUACGACAACUCCAACUCCAGUCUCUCCAGUAACUACCGAACCGGAACGUCCAGCUGCCGAGCGAGUUUCCGCACUGAAGGCCCGUGUAACAGCAGCUGCAGCAGCCGCUGCCGCCGCCACCAGUGAUGAAAGUGACAGUUCUCCUGCUUCGCCAACUCGGCGAUCGUCUCCGCAUGUCGAGGCCGAUAGUGAUCAGGAUGAUUCCGAACGUUCGAGCCGCUCGAGACAAUCUUCUGCCGUCAAGGCAGCAACUCCCGCCCCAUCGCAGCAGAAGAAACCCACCCGUUCGGCUAGCAGUGAAUCGAGCGAAUCCAGUGAAUCGUCCAGUGCUUCUCCCGUUCCGACGCCAACCCGUGUCGAGGAACCAGUCCGACCAAAACCAUCGAUUCUGAAAAAUGCCGAACCGGCUCGCAAUACCGCAUCUCCGACCCCCAACCGCUCGUCACCCACGGAGAAGAAGCCUUUCCAGAGCCGAUUCCUGCCACAGACUCAAACUCAGCAACCAGAAAAGAAGGAAGAAUCCGAAAGCAGUAGUGAAGAGGAGAGCUCAUCGGAAGAAGAAUCCUCCGAAGAAGAAGAGGAAGAAGAGAAGCCAGCACCUAGACCAACUCCAACGGUCACUUCAACAGCUUCGCUCCACCGAACCGAACAGCCAAGUUCCCCUCUGCUGAGUCGUGUGCAAGCCCGGGAAGCUGCAGCCGCUGAUACUCGAAAGACCUCCCGCGAAGAAACCCGCCCCAGUGGUUACUCCAGUCCAACCAGUUACCAUCGUAGCACGAGCACCUACGACCGGGACGAGAGCCCCAAGUACGGAUCUCCAUCGUCCUCGUCCGCUUUGCGAUCUCGAACGACCGCCCACGUGGAACCGGAACCGGAGAACAAAUACGGCAGCUCUGGAUACACCAGCCGGUUCCUGAACAAGAGCAAGAGUACGGCCGUGGUCGCGGAUGAUGAUGCCACCGGAGACGACUCCGACAGCCGACUGGGCAGCAACCGUAGCCGGUUUAGCGCGUUGGCCGAUCGGAGGAACCGUUUGGCCCGCAGCCGCUCGUCCCACAACUUCGGCAACGAAGACGAGGAAGACGAACCGGUAUCGCCGACCACCUCGUCACCGUCGGCCUAUCUCGCUUCGAGAUAUGGUGCCUCUUCCUCCCUGGCAUCGCAACCGGCCGACCUGUCCCGCAGCCGUUCGACCCACGCUCUCAAGUCCCGAGAACCAUCUCCAGACCGCAACACCGGCAGCGAUAAGGAUGGAGCCGCUCUCAGUUCGUGGGCUCGCUACCUGAAGAACAAGUACGGCAACCGCUCCACCAAGGACAGCAAAGACACCCCGUCCAGUUCUUCACUCUCCGCAACGUCCUCCUCGUUGGCCUCCCCGUCUACGUCAUCGUCCGCGUCGUCCUCGGCAGCUGCCCGACGACUCAGCCUUGGCCUCCCCCUGCGCCAAAGCGACAUCCUCAGUUCCGAUGAUGAUUCAAAAAACGGGGUAGGCUCCCCUACCUCUCCUACGGCAACAGCAGUAGUCGGUAUACCAGGGGCAGCAGGUAUGUCCCCUAGGACUCAGUACCUGCAGAAGCGCCGACAGCUGUUCCAGAUAGGAGGUCGGGGGAGCGAACCCGGUUCCUUCACGUGGCCCCGCGGCAUCGCCGUGGGCCCGGACAAUAGCAUCGUGGUCGCGGACUCUUCCAACCAUCGCGUCCAGGUGUUCGAUUCCAACGGUAUCUUCGUGAAAGAGUUUGGCCAGUACGGCAAUGGGGACGGCGAGUUCGAUUGCCUGGCGGGUGUUGCCGUCAACCGGAUCGGACAAUUCAUCAUAGCCGAUAGAUACAAUCACCGCAUUCAAGUGCUGGAUCCGGCUGGACGUUUCUUGCGUUCGUUCGGUAGCCAGGGUACGGCCGAUGGCAAGUUCAACUAUCCGUGGGGCAUCACCACCGAUGCCUUAGGCUUCAUCUACGUAUGUGAUAAGGAAAAUCAUCGUAUUCAGGUCUUCCAAUCGGACGGCACCUUCAUCGGUAAAUUUGGCAGCGGCGGCAAGGAGGAAGGCCAACUCGAACAUCCACACUACAUUGCCGUCUCCAACACGAAUCGUGUCAUCGUUUCCGACUCGAAUAACCAUCGUAUUCAGAUCUUCGACGUCAACGGUCGCGUUCUGACUACGUUCGGAAGCGAAGGCUCCGAUGAAGGCCAGUUUAAGUUCCCAAGGGGUGUCGCGGUCGAUGACCAGGGCUAUAUCUGCGUGGCCGAUUCCGGCAACAAUCGUAUUCAGAUCUUCCACCCGGACGGCAGUUUCCUGCGGGCGUUCGGUUCCUGGGGUUCCGGUGAUGCCGAGUUCAAGGGCCUGGAAGGAGUGGCCAUCAUGUCCAACGGCAACAUCCUGGUUUGUGACCGGGAGAACCAUCGCGUUCAAGUGUUCUAGGACGUUCGGGACUUCCGUUUUCUGAUACAGACGUCAAUUACUUCACGGAAAUCUCGGAUGGAAUUCAAAAUCGAACGGAAAAGUUCAAUGCGUGCCUUACUCGGAAUCAAUUUGCAUAAAAUACUGUUGGGCAAUCGAGACGACAGAGACGAAUCAUGAGAAGCCCGAACGCAGCCCGGAAUGCCGUUAUAUUUCAGGCGUCAGUUGUUCGGAAUUAUUCUUUGGAAUCGCGCCCAAAACAGAUUUCACAAUUUACUUGUUCUAGUCCAGUGAAUGCUUUGGUAAUCAUUUUCUUAUCUAUUAUUAAUUUGCAAACCCCCGUCUAUAAGACACAAGUUAUGUUGAUGUUGUUUUGCGAUUUUACGCUGAUUGGAUCGAAGAUUUUUUGCCCAAUAGAAAAUUGUAACGAUACUAAUUGAAUCAAAUGUAGCGACCGAAGUGGAAAAAUAUGAGCUAUUGAAUCUGGAUAAUGAAAAUGUUUUAGAAUAAUAAUAAAGAUUUUGAUUUUUGUGUUUGAACAUCUAA